AUGUAUUGCCUUCGAUAUUUCUUACUUGUCCUUCUCUUUUUCCCGUUUCCGACUGCCCCGCCCUUUCUCAUAUUCCUGUUUCUGAUCUCAAUGACGGUUGAACAUAGACCUUGCGCGUAUUGCUCUUUGCUCCUCUCGGCUAUCCUGCUUUCUACGUGCUCUUGGAAUAUUGCAUCGGUCGAUGUCUCCCCAGUUUAUCCAAACGAAUACGUGCAAAAACCGGCCGGCUCACUUCUUUCAUCGAUUUUGUCAUUCUUCAAAUCAAAUGAUCAACCAAGCAAUCAGACUCAAAAAAAUCAUACCGGAUUCAAAUCAAUUACAACAAAUCAUGAGAAAAAUCAACCCCACAAUCGAUGCUGGUGCUACUCUAACUAUGGACGUCUGUUUGAACCGGUUUCGUCGCAGAAGAAAGUGUCCGAAAAUCCCGAGUUACAAGAAGGUCAUCGACACGUAUCACACUCCCAAGACACCGGGUCUAAUUCUCAACAAUCGAAAGCUAGUGCUGAUGAUGAUGGAACGAAUGAAGAUUUUGAGCUUGAUCACUCCAUUCGAAAGCCUCGACGGCCACUCAAAUCGCUGUUCACUCCGCUUUGGAAACCACUCACGAAACUCUCAUCAGUCCAGCCAUCGCUCAGCAAUCCUGAAGUAUCUGCCAAAACUCCAUCUUCCCCGGAAAUUUACACAAGGCCUGAUCCUUCAGCCCACAUGUUCAACACCAAAUCAAGACCAUCACCUCCGAAAGUUUACCGUAGUUCAUUCUCUCGAACCCCGUUGUUUUACUCGCAUUUCAUUCAACCGCUAAUCGAAUUCGUCAAGCCAAAAAUGCCCUUGGCGGUGAUUCGGAGAAUAUUUUUGAUCAUCAAUUACAACUUCUUAGAACUCAGUGAAAGGAUAAGUGAAGUGAGAAUGAUACGCAGGACACUCAGUUUCUUCAAUUCGUUCAAAUUGCGAUUUCUUAACGAUUUACUUUAUCAUUAUCGCUCACACCAACCCUACGAAAUCAGGGUAAAUCGACUCAUGGGACUUCAAAUAUUCUUAAAAACUCGCCCUUGA